GGUAACCCGGCCCAAUAUACUUUGACAUACUCUAUAUAUUCAGCCGAAACCCUUGAAAUGUUUUCUUCUGCUCCGCUUAGUAACAGCUCAAACCGCUAAACAGAAACACAGCAGCAGCAGCAGCUGCAGCUUUCGGCGCAACUUGUGUAAUCAGCCAUGGGUAAGGUUCACGGUUCUCUGGCUCGUGCGGGUAAGGUGAGGGGACAAACUCCAAAAGUCGCUAAGCAAGAUAAGAAGAAGAAGCCUCGCGGCCGUGCCUACAAGCGCAUGCAAUACAACCGCCGUUUCGUCACCGCAGUUGUUGGUUUUGGAAAGAAGAGGGGACCCAACUCAUCCGAGAAGUAAAUCUUGAAAGAAGGCAGGGUUAGAUAGGUCCUGGUGUUUUCAUUGUUGUUCUAAAGACUUUUUAUUGUGAUCUAGUUACUGAUAACAUUGUUGAAUUUGGUGUUAGAUAAAUAUCAUGUGAUUUUGGGUUUUCGUUUCA